AAAAAGCAUGUAGGUGUCUACAACACUCGUCAUACGUAAAAGUUAAGGUUGCGAGUUAAGAACAUUCUUAAACAAAACCAAGUCGGUGAAUUUAACAAAAAAUAAAAAAAUAACAAAUAAACAAAAUUUACGAAGACGUGCUAAUUUUUAUAAAAUAACACAAAAUGCGCUCUCUAUUAUUGUUUACAAUUUUUGUCUGCUUUUUGGCCUUGGCCUGGUCUGCUGCUGUGGCAUCACAACCUGAACCAGAAACUGCAGCCGUCGAAACUUUAUUAGAUGUAGAUACAGGUGUUGAUGACAACAGCGAUGAGAGUGUUCGUCAAGCGCGUCAAUUCUUUGGUGUUGGCUACUAUGGUCGUCCCUAUUAUGGAGGCUUUGGCGGUUACCGUCGUCCCUACUAUGGUGGUUAUUACGGCGGCUACGGUCGCCCUUACUAUGGCGGUUAUUAUGGUCGUCCAUACUAUGGAGGUUAUGGCGGUUUCUAUGGUUAAUAUUUCUUAGUAAAUUAUUUCGUUGUAUUUUGUAAAUAAGAGUUUUAGUUCUAAGAAAAUAAAAUAAUAAAAUAUUUAAAUUUA